GAGCGCCAAUACGGCGGCGCCCUCCUUCGCGGAGAGGGCAGCGCGAUGGCUGCCUUCCUCCAGGACGGUACAGAGGCGCGCAUCCCGCGUCGUGGUGAAAUUGGCUUGACGUCGGACGAAAUCGAGAAGUACGAGCAAGUGGGAUACGUAAUGAGCGGCAGCAGGCAUAGGCGCAUGAACGCCGUGCGUAUCCGGAAGGAGAACCAGGUUAUCAGUGCAGAAGAGAAGCGCGGUAUCCUGAAAUUGCAGAAAGAGGAGCGGGAGAGGAGGGAAGCCAUCCUGAGGGAAGAGUUCCAGUCUUUGGUGGAGGACCGAUUGAAGGGUGUGGAGAAAAAGUAA